GAACUCUCAAUUCUAGCUAUCCACUGGGACUUUGCUAUGCGCUUAGCCUCAGGACUUUAGCACGCCUAGCGUAGAAUACAGUCUAGUGUCAUGUCUGUAAAGGAACUGUAGCUCGCUGAAGAUUGCAAACAUUUUUGGUCAACUUAUUUUUAUAAAAACUUUUUUUUUUUUUUUUUUUUACUUUCUCCGCAUCAUUGUCCUUCGUUGGAACCGAAGUCGAGGUGGAUGCAACUUUACAGACAAAUUGUAAAAACAAGUUUGGAUGUUUUCGUUUGGUUGCCUAAUUUAGGAAAAUUGUAAUAAGUUUGAAACCAAUGUUUUGUACCUGCUUUCUGAUUCUAUGGGAGAGUCUGGAACUCGAAAAACAUUUUGAAGACUAAACGGUAUUUUUUUUUUUUUACAACAUUGCCUUCAUGUUUCCCAUAUAUGUAUAGUUUUAAGGUGGCCCAAGCACGUUGGUGAAUGUAGAAUCCGGUUAACUAGUCAACCAAUUUGGUAACUUUUAGAGCUUUAGCUAGUAGCCAGCGAAGUGCAAGGAAAUCCGGGUCUCCAUGAAGAAAUCCCAACGUGCGAUUUGAAACUGUCCUAGUAACCUAAUACAGCUGAACGCUUUUCUCGUGUUUUGUGUGCCCAUAACAUUUUUUAAUUUAACCGAAUCAAUGAACACGAUGUUAGUGUUCUCUACGGUUUACACAUUGGCCCUGCUUUUUGUUUCGACGAAGGCUGAGCCCAAUUCGAAAAGCUGCAAUGAAGUUAGGGCUGCAUACAGUUCCAAAGGCUUCAACGUCAAUGACGUUCCCAACAAAGGGGUACAAGGAGCCCCCCUAAAGGUGUGUCCCCAGGGCUACUCAUGCUGUACCCUGGAGAUGGAGGAAAAGCUGAGCCAGCAGAGCCACUCAGACCUGAAGGCCCCCAUUUCCCAGCUCAGCUCCAACCUACAGAGCACCUUCAAACAGAGGCACAGCCAAUUUGAUCAAUUCUUCCGCGAGUUGCUGGACAACGCGGAGCACUCGCUCAACGACAUGUUCGUGCGCACGUACGGCCUGAUGUAUGUGCAUAAUGCGGAGCUAUUCAAGCACUUUUUCCAGGAGCUGAAGCGCUACUACGUGUCGGGCAGCGGGGCAGUCAACCUGGACUCCAUGCUGUCUGACUUCUGGGAAGACCUCCUGGAGAGGAUGUUCCGAUUGGUCAACGUCCAGUACGAGUUCAGUGACGCCUACAUGGAGUGUGUCAGCCGCCACACCGAGCAACUGAAACCGUUUGGUGACGUGCCGCGCAAGCUCCGCCUCCAGCUGACACGGGCCUUUGUCGCGGCGCGCACCUUCACACGUGGCCUGGCGCUCAUGCCCGAGGUGGUCAACAAAGUCUCCACGGUCAGUGCAUCCCCUAGCUGUGUGCGGGCAGCCAUGAAGAUGUUGUACUGUCCCUACUGCAAAGGCCAGGUGGCUCUCAAGCCUUGCCAGAACUACUGUCUCAACGUGAUGCGUGGCUGUCUGGCCAACCAGGCUGACCUCGACACAGAGUGGAACAACUUCCUGGAUGCCAUGUUGAGUCUGGCUGAGAGACUGGAGGGGCCCUUCAACUUUGAGUCUGUGAUGGACCCCAUUGACGUUAAGAUCUCCGAGGCCAUCAUGAACAUGCAGGAGAACAGCAUGCAGGUGUCACAGAAGGUGUUCCAGGGGUGUGGUCAGCCUAAACCAGGUAAUGGCUUCCGGUCGCGUCGCUCAGUCAAGGAGACAGGAUUCACCGGUCGCUUUCGUCCCUACAGCCCUGACGCACGGCCCACUACUGCUGCUGGCACCAGCUUGGACAGACUGACGACAGACGUGAAGAAAAGGCUGAAGCAUGCUAAGAAGUUCUGGUCCACGCUGCCAGAGACCGUGUGUGCUGGGGAGAGGAUUACGUCGAGGGAUGACUGUUGGAACGGAACAGCAAAGAGCAGGUACGAGUCUGUUGUCAUGGGCAACGGAUUGGCCAAUCAGGUGUCCAACCCGGAUGUGGAAGUGGACAUUACAAAGCCAGAUGUGGCGAUUCGCAGUCAGAUCGCAGUGUUGAAGGAAAUGACCAGCUGGCUGAAGGCCGCCCACAGCGGCAAUGAUAUCUCCAUCGACCAAGGUGAGGAUGAUGAGGAUGGUAGCGGAGGACAGGAGAGUGGCAGCGGCUGUGACUCUCCAUCCUGCGUGGCGGACCGGGACAUCUACUUCUCCAUCCCACCCACCCCCAUCAACCCCCGCGUGGUCAAGAUGGUGCACCAAGACACGACCGGUGGAGACCAUAUGGCACACGGGAGCAUGGCACUGGCACUCUGUGGGCUCACCCUGGCCCUGCUCGCCCCGCAUUGGAGAUAAAGGGAGAGAGAGUGAGAAAGUAAGACGGAGAGAAGGGAAAAACUGUCGUACUUUUAAGAAGACUGCCUUCAGGACCUCAGUCUGCCCGCCAUCAUGUGGGGGGGGUGGACUCGAGUUAUUUCAAUUUUUCGUUUGUUUUUAUAAAAAUGGUCAAUACUGUACAGCGAUUUCCUUCCAAAAUGUUCACUUUUCUUUUCUUUUUUUUUGCCUUUUGUCCUGAUUUAAGUGAUUCGCCGCUUGUGGCACCUUUGAGCUAGAAUCCCUCCCGCCACAUUACCAACAGUAUUUUGUGUUGUCCAUGUAUCUGGGCUGGCCAGGGAUGAAUGUGGCUGUGCCAGAAAAGAGAACAUCUUGCUUACAUGUUGAAGCUCUAGACUGGCUCUCGAAGCUACGAGUACGGUAGCUCUGUGGGAAAAUACUAACGAGUUACAGGGCUGAUGUUCAGAUGGUUCGGUAGGAGAUUGAACUAGCCGGCGAGGGGUUCUAGGUGCUUCUGUGUGCCCAGGUGUGCAUCCAUAAUGUGGAAGGAGUAGCAAUUUCCAAACGACACUCAAAUACAAAACCGGUCCACUGAGAUCAUACCUCGUGUGUGUUCUCUGAAUCAUCAUUAUACACUAGCAGUGUUGAAAUGGAACAUGUGUGAUGGAGUUGGAUGUAUGGGGAGGUCCUGAUGUGGGCUAGAAGAGAAAGCUGGUGACUUGAGAGGAUGGGYC